CGUUAUUCGACACACACGUCAAAAGUACUGCAGAACUACCUGACCGCAUAUCUACCACACUAUAUCGCCAUUCCUCCGUCGUGGCGGAUCGAGCCACUGCCAUCGGCCACUCUGGAGGAGCGAGCAUGGCACAGUAGCAGCAUACACCACUCGGACGAUCUCAAUAUUGAACUCGCCGAGCUCCCACCACCACUGCUCACACACAGCAGGAGCCUCCCUCUGCCGCGCCGCCUCCAACCUGUACAGCCACAAACCUUUCGGCGACGGCAGAAGCUCUGUCAGCUUCUCGAGCACGACAUGAAGUUCUCUCACAGCAUCCAGUUCAACGCCGUUCCGGACUGGUCGUCGAACUACAUUUCCUACUCCAACCUCAAGAAGCUCAUCUACCAGCUCGAGAAGCAGGUCAACCAACUUGGCCAACCGGCGUCCUCUGCCGUCGAUCCCGAAUCUUCACCACUCCUUGCGAGCUCCAACAUCGACGAUCCGGACCAAGUCUUUGCGCGGAAGCUUGACGAUGAGCUGCAGAAAAUAUGCAGCUUUUACAAGCUGAAAGAGUCGGAGAUAUAUGGCGAGGUGGAUGCAUUGCUGGCAGACAUUGCAGAGUUCGAGGCUGAUCACGAUCAUGCUGGCGAAGUGGGACAGCGCAGACAGAGUCUGUGGGAUAAGGCCAGGCGGCAAAGUAUCUUUCGCACGACCAACUUCCCUGGCAAAAGGCGGAAGAGUUCAAAUCAGGGAAGCGUCGGAGGGAGCAUGAUCCGUGAGGAGGACGAGAGCGAAGACGACGACAAUGAGAAUACGGCUUUGAACAAGAGUCAAGCCACCAUCGACCGGAAAUCUUCCCGGAAUGACAUGUCUUCAGGCGAGCAUGCUCCUUCUGAGGACUUUUCCAUGGCCGAAGUCCGACGCAGGCCCAGCGCUGCCUUUGCAGAUUUUGGAGACGAUGCACUGCAAGCUCUUUACGAUGAAGGCAUCACAUUGAAGAAGCGGACAACAAACCUCUAUGUCAGCAUAUGCGAAUUGCGGUCGUUCAUCCAGCUGAACGAGACUGGGUUCUCCAAAGUACUGAAAAAGUAUGACAAAAUCGUGGACCGGAAUUUGAAAAGCGAAUAUGUCAAGGCCAAGGUAAAACCGGCGUAUCCAUUCCAAUCCACAACAUUGGACAAGCUCCAGGACUACCUGCAAAAGAUUGAGGAAGCCUACGCCGGAAUUGUGACAAAGGGUGACGUGGAAGCUGCACGCGGAGAGCUGCGUCUACAUCUCAGGGAGCACGUCGUGUGGGAACGCAAUACUGUCUGGCGAGAGAUGAUCGGUAUCGAGCGGAAGGCGCAAGCUGCAAAUCUCGGAAUCAGGAAUACCAUGCUCGGUACGGACAGCAAUGGAAAGAAGAGCCGUCUGCAGGGAGACCAAGAAGAAGACGCCGCACUGAAAGAAGUAAAUCUGCCAAUUGGGAAGUACAGAUGUCCCAAGUUCUUGCUUGCGGGUACGUUUUGGGUCUUGAUGGCCAUCAUCGCCAUCUUCAUUGUCCUCUUGGUUGUGCCGAUCAUGGAGAAGCCAGAACAACAAAACUGUCUGGCGCUGGUGGUCUUCGUCAGCUUAUUGUGGGCGACUGAGGCGAUACCUCUAUUCGUGACCUCCUUGCUCGUCCCGUUUCUCUGUGUGAUCCUGCAGGUCGUGCGCGAAGACGCAAAGCCGAACCGCCGGCUUACGAGCAAACAAGCUGCCGGCUAUGUCUUCGCAUCAAUGUGGACUCCGGUCAUUAUGCUCCUACUCGGAGGCUUCACCAUUGCAGCUGCUCUGAGCAAGUACAACAUUGCAAAGAUGAUGGCCACUUUCGUCCUCUCAAAGGCUGGAACUAAGCCAAGGACGGUACUGCUCACCUCUAUGGGCGUGGCCAUGUUCGCCAGCAUGUGGAUCAGCAACGUUGCGGCACCCGUCCUGUGCUUCAGUAUUAUUCAGCCAAUCCUGCGAAACCUGCCCUCCGACAGCGACAUGACCAAAGCCCUCCUCCUCGGCAUCGCUCUGGCCUCCAACAUCGGCGGCGCUGCCUCUCCCAUCGCUUCGCCCCAAAAUCUCAUCGCCCUGGAAAACAUGGAACCACAACCCGGUUGGGGCACCUGGUUCUUCGUCGCCCUGCCAGUCUGCAUCAUCAGCAUACUCCUCAUCUGGGUCCUCCUGCUCGUCACCUUCCGCCCAGGUCGAAACACCACCAUCGUUCCAAUUCGACCAAUGAAGGACAAGUUCAGUGGCGUGCAGUACUUCAUCUCAAUUGUCACGAUCGCGACCAUCGCGCUGUGGUGUGUGAGCCAUCAACUCGAGCACAUCUUUGGCGACAUGGGUGUUGUGGCAAUCAUUCCGAUUGUGCUAUUCUUCGGAACUGGUAUUCUCACCAAGGAGGACUUCAAUAACUUCUUAUGGACGAUCAUCAUCCUCGCAGCCGGUGGACUGGCGCUCGGCAAGGCUGUCAAUAGCUCUGGACUGUUGACCACAAUCGCUGUUGCCAUUACCGGAGCCGUUUCGGACCUAUCGCUCUAUGGAGUCACAUGUGUGUUCGCAGCGCUGAUCGCAGUUGUUGCUACAUUCAUCAGCCACACCGUUGCUGCACUGAUCGUGCUCCCUCUCGUCCGCGAGGUCGGCGUUGGUAUGAGCGAGCCGCAUCCGAAUCUUCUCGUCAUGUCUUCGGUGCUCAUGGCUUCUGCCGCCAUGGGUCUGCCGACGAGUGGAUUCCCCAAUAUGACUGCUAUCAUGAUGGAAGACUCUUCUGGACAACGAUAUUUGAAGGUCCGACAUUUCCUGACACGAGGUAUUCCCGCCACUAUGAUGGCAUAUGUGGUGAUUAUCAGUGUUGGAUAUGGCUUGAUGCUUGCGGCUGGGUUUUAGACGGUAAAUCGUAGCAUGGCGUUUGGCCGAUUCGGCCGUUGCUGUACAGCUAGAUUGGCGACGGAAGCAUUUGUGCAUGUCUUGCUUGACUGAAGAUUGCAUUGUUUAACCUUGGGAACGAUUCUCAAUCACUCU